AUGGUCUGCAAAACAGAGCCUUUGUGGAUUGAAACUGCCCACAACUACCAACAAGACCGAUGGGUAUCGCAAACCAGAUACGUGUACGGCAUAGGCAACAAAACAGCUCGUUGUCAGGCUGAUCUCUUCGUAAAGCUUAUCAUGUGUGAUUACUAUGUCCAUGAACUCGUUCAACAGGAGGAAACACUGAAAGAAAAAGGUUGGGCACUCCGAAAAAUGCGAAACGCUGAUGAAGACAGAGCGCGACUCCAGAAAACUGGACGAAGAGCAAGAGGUGCUCCGGAAGAGAUACUAACAUCAGGAGUGGGUGAGUUGGUUGCUUCAGGCGUGACUGAAGGUGCUGCGAGAAACGUGAGCCUACUCCCAGACGAAACAUGGGAGUCGGGCAUUGUACCACUGGGUGCGGAUGCUGCUUGA